AUCCCUUAUCUUAACUUCUAAAGCCUCUCUCUCCCUCUGUGACGCAGAUCGGAAUGGAGACUGUUAGCGAUUGCCGCACCGCCACCAGAGAUACCAUCGGGAACACAACCAAACACAUGGCCUCUCUCUCUCUGGAUCAGUUUGUACAGAUGGAUGAAUCUGGAAAAAUCGAAGUGGAAUGCGACACUGGAAUGUUGCCUGAUGAUCAAGGUUGUGAAACUCACAAUGAAGCUGAAGAUAAGAAGGAAGAUACCAUGCCGACGGCUCCUAAUAUCGGAAUGGAGACUGUUUGCGAUUGCCGCAAUGCCACCGGAGAUACCAUCGGGAACGCAACCAAACACCUGGCCUCUCUCUCUCUGGAUCAGUUUGUACAGAUGGAUGACAUGAAAGAAGAUACCAUGCCGACGGCUACUAAUGAUCCUUUCAAGAACAUAACUGUUUAUCCUCCCGGUGUCGACGUACCACCACAUGUCUUUGACUUUGUGGAGGAAAUCCGUCGACCAUCGCCCAGAGAAAUGAUGUUCCACUACACCUUUUUGCAGAAGAUGAAGAAAGAACGCGAAGACCGUAUUAUGACCACCAUGGGACGAGGAUGUAGGACGUGCACCAAUGGCAGACCUUUGGGAUUCUCACAACCAUAUAUGAUGCUUAUGAAUGUCUUGCCUGUCAACCCGAUGCCCCCUCGCCUCGCACCUGGAACAGAGUAGUCCUCUGUUGGAACAAAGGGACUAUGGUGAUGGUGAUAUAUGGGAUGCCUUUUGCUGGUAAAUGGUAGUAGUAGGGCUUGCUAUGCUUGGGUUUUCUUGGAGUACUAUGUUUUGUAUCUAGACAUAUUAAUAUGUUGGUGCAUGCUCCUCGGUUUUAUUUGGCUAGUCUUUGUGUUGGCACAACUGUUUGCUUAUAAUGCUUUGCCCAUAUCCUAGUAGUGAUCAAGUUUUGAGCUUUGGGGCUAUUUCUUGUGAGGGAAGAAUGUGAAAUAGCCUUCCGUAUAUUGAUUCAAGUUCCUACUAUGUGUUGAUUAUCCACAGCUGGUAGAUGUGAUUAUGAAUUCUAAGAUUGUGGAACUCCUCACGUUUCGUUUCGUCCUUUGGACUCUAUUUUUUGGCAUUAAAUGAUAUCGGGUUGUUUGAUA